UUUGCUUCUAGUCGGAUCCCAUUUCCAUUCCCAUUCCCAUUCCCAUUUGCAUACAUAGCCAGCCACCACACUGGACCCGACCACAACAACAACACACAAAUCUUUGGUUUGUCCAUCGCCUCACGCCUGCAGUUCAAAUCUCUCUCUCUCACUCUGUCGUGUUUUCUAAGUUUGAUCCUCUUCUGCAUCCCAAUUUGGCACCCCAAAUCCAUGCCCUCUUUCUGCUCCCACAACCCUGUUGUUUAUGCGUCUGAUUUAACUUCCAUGUGCAAGGGGAAGUGCAAAGUUUGAUUCUUUAGCUCUAACUGAAAGUGGGUUUUGGUUGACUGCUUCAACCUCAGCCUCAAGAUUCAACACCAUCAAUCAUAGGUUUUUAAUGCUUUGUAACCUGCUAUUUCAGAUUUUGAAUAUUAGUUAGUUCAUGUUUUGUUAUCAAUUAGUGAUGUGGUUGACAUGUUUGAUGUAAUGUCUAUGUGAAUUUAGAAUCUUUUUUAUGCUUUGUCUAUCAUCACUGUAAGGCUUAGUUCUAUUAUGGCUGUUGCUUCUAAGAAACCCCGCCUUAGAGAGGCGGCUUUGCGCCAUUUGUUAGUUGUGGUGUUUGUUACUCUAUCUGGGGUUUUACUACUGAUAUUUCUGCUUGGAUCAAAUUCAGCACCAACCAUUGGGGUGAAGGGUUUAGAAAAUGUUGUUGAUGAUGAUGGUUCUGGAUAUCACCGUGACUUGAAGUUUACAGAGGGGCGCGGCCUCCCCCGACAGAGUCAAUUGUCACUUAAAUUGGAAAAGCUAAAUGAGUUGCCUCCAAGAAACUUGGAUUUGUAUCCAACUCUUGCCAAGGAUCCUAUCAUUGUUGUUCUGUAUGUUCACAACCGGCCUCAGUAUCUUAGAGUAGUCGUUGAGAGCCUUUCGCGGGUGGUAGGGAUUGAUGAAACCUUGUUAAUUGUUAGUCAUGAUGGUUACUUUGAGGAUAUGAACAAGAUCAUUGAGGGUAUCAGAUUUUGCCAAGUUAAACAGAUAUAUGCUCCCUAUUCGCCCCAUCUGUUUUCGAAUAGCUUUCCUGGGGUCUCAGCUGGUGACUGCAAGGACAAGGAUGAUGCAAGAGAAAAACAUUGUGAGGGGAAUCCUGAUCAAUAUGGAAACCACCGCGCACCGAAGAUUGUAUCAUUGAAGCAUCAUUGGUGGUGGAUGAUGAACACCAUAUGGGAUGGAUUAAAAGAGACAAGAGAGCAUUCUGGUCAUAUUCUUUUCAUUGAAGAAGACCACUUCAUAUUUCCAAACGCAUAUCGCAAUCUACAGAUUCUAACUUCAUUGAAGCCUAAAAAAUGUCCUGAUUGUUAUGCUGCAAAUUUAGCUCCUUCUGAUGUGAACUCUAGAGGGGAAGAGUGGGAAAGUUUAGUUGCUGAGAGAAUGGGGAAUGUGGGUUACUCUUUCAAUCGUACUGUGUGGAGGAAAAUUCACAAUAAGGCUAGAGAGUUUUGUUUCUUUGAUGACUACAAUUGGGAUAUCACAAUGUGGGCAACUGUGUAUCCUUCAUUUGGAAGUCCAGUUUACACAUUACGAGGUCCUAGGACCAGUGCUGUGCACUUUGGUAAAUGUGGUUUGCAUCAGGGUCAGGGGGAGAAUAACGCUUGCAUUGAUAACGGCUUGGUGAACAUUAAUGUAGAAAAUCAUGACAAGGUUUCUAACAUUGAAUCAGAUUGGGAAGUUCACACAUUCAAAAAUCAGCCUGGUUACAAAGCUGGGUUUAAAGGUUGGGGUGGCUGGGGGGAUAACAGAGACCGCAACUUAUGCUUGAGCUUUGCCAAGUUGUAUCCCUCCAGAAUCACUGCAUCUCCUUUGUAAGAGUUUUGUUUACCACUUCUUGUUUCUUCCUCUCUAUUUUUAUAUGGUCUAUUAUAAUCACAAGAUGAGAAAAUUAGUUUCUUCAAUACAGGCCUUUACACAUGUUAUUAGGGUUCAUAGUUACUUUGACAGCUAUCACUGAAUCUCAUGUACCAGUUGUAACAUUGAAUGGAUAUUCGUUCAUAAUUAGUAAUGUGUACAUGCAUAA